UACGACUGUUUCGAGUCAGGGUAAUCACCUAAAAGUCAUGGUUUAGUUUUAACUUUUGUUACAUUACUACGGAAAUGUGAUAUAGUUCUGAACGCAAUUCGUAAUAAAAAGGAAUAACUGCAGUAGAAUCCAUGUCGGAUAUCGAAAUCGAAAGUUUAACAGCAAAGGAAGCGCUGUUACAGAAACACCGGAAGGAAAAGAAAAGUUUACAAGCUGAAAUUCAAACGAUCAAGAAAACUGUGCCAAAGGGGGACAAGAAAAGAGAUAAGUUGGCAAAACAGAAAAUAUCAGAAUUGGAAAAUGAGUUGACCACCAAGCAUAAACAUGAGCUGGAAGCUCUUGAUCAACAGCAGGAGAAAGAAGGUGGUGACAGUCCAGCAGUUGGUGCUGGUAACGUGGUAGAAGUUGAGUUAGUCCAAAAGUCAAAAGGAAAGGCAAAAAGAAAACAGGUGAAGAAAGCAUUAAAAGCCAAGGAAAUCUCCGAACGUUUGGCACAAGCUGAGUUGGAUUAUAAAAACUCUUCAAGACAUAAGGAAGAGGAAGAAAUAAAGAAGAUCCUUAAGGAGCAAGGGUUGAUGGUAAAACCUGUAACACCAGAUGGUAACUGCAUGUACCAUGCCAUAUGUGAUCAACUUACCAAUAACAUCGUCAACAUGGCUGACUUGCGAAAGCGAACAGCAUCAUAUAUGAGGGAUCAUGUGGGUGACUUCAUGCCUUUCCUUUCCACAGAUGCUGGAGAUGCAUAUACCUCGGAUGAUUUUGAAACUUACUGCAGUGAUAUAGAGAAGAGUGGAAUAUGGGGCGGACAACUUGAACUGCAAGCUAUCUCUCAUGUAUUUAAGAUUCCCAUACAUGUGAUACAAGCUGGAUCAGCUACAGUUAAACUUGGGGAAGAAUAUGAAGGAAGUCCUGUGUUGCUAACCUACCACAGACAUGAACUUGGUUUAGGAGAACACUACAACUCAGUAACAACUUUUUUGGAGGAUAAGGAAGAUUUAUGAUAUGCUGUAUGUACAGUCAGAUUUACCAACAACUGUAUCUUCUAAUAACGAAGGCUGCUAGUGAUUGCAGUGUGUACAGAGGAGCUUCGUGAAGCCAUGUGCUAUUCUUAUCGAUUCUGCAGCGAAAUAAACUUAACAAUUUUU